AUGCCAGCUUUAUUGCCAUCAGUCAUUCAUAGUGCAGCUGCCUCUCAUAAUCGUACCCUAGUAGGAUGGGUGAGCUCUUCAAUAGACCGCGGCACCAUCGACAUCCUUUGGUCUUGUUCUAUAACCAUUCUGCUCUGCUGCUGGGUUGCAACUCAUCCAAAUGCCGCGGCACCUACAGAUAAAUGGUAUCAUCGAUUCAUAGACAAGUUCAAUCUCGCAAUGAUCGGCCUCCUUGGACCCGACUUCCUCUUUGGCAUCGCAUUAGGACAAUUCUCGAGUGCCCGGAGAUGUGUUAGGUUGUUCAAGAGAGACGCCCAUUUACUGAAUGGGAAUCAACUAACGUAUCGAUAUGCAUUCUUUUUGAACAUGGGUGGUCUGCACUUGACCAGUCCGGAUUUCCCUAGCGGCUUUCCCAUUACCGGUCACCAACUUCAUUAUCUUGUGAAGCAUGACCACGUCGAUUUCCCCAACCUGAAGGCCAUGGCAAUCGACGAAAGGAAUACUACCGAUACGCUCUCGAGACUCGUCACGGUCUGGCAGGUUCUCUGGUUCUCUGUCGCAGAGAUUCAACGAGUCCGUGAUGGCCUUCCGACCACUACCCUCGAGCUUACGGCCUUGUCCUUCGUCGUAGUCAUGAUAGCAACCUCGGUGUGCUGGUUCCGAAAACCGUCAAUCACAAUUCCGCAAACAAUUCCUACCAAGGGUGGCAAGCUUGUAUAUAACAUUCGUGCUAACGCGAAGGAGCAAACACAUCCAGAUCUCAAACUAGAGAUUUGGUAUCGGACUCCACUGGAUUUCAUUCGGGACGAUCGAUGGGGUAUUGACACACAUUGGUCUUACUACACAAGGAUUUCGCACAUCAUCCACGUCAGAAUGGUAUCGCGCCCCGUGAAGACUCGUCCGUGGAAUCGACUCCCAUCGGAUCAAUGGCUACCGCCUGAUCAGGUCCUGAUACCUUUCGGGUCAUUAAUCCUCCUCUUAUUCAGCUCGUCGUUCCUGAUUGCAUGGAACUUUUACUUUCCCACGAAAACUGAACAGUGGCUGUGGAGAGGGUUCGCGAUAUACCAUUCAGUGUUUGUGGUCUAUGGAGGCGUGUAUUACCUUAUUGAGGCGAUUCGUUGGAAUAAGAGAAAACCCAAGGACAGUGCCGAGGGGACCUCUGGAGUGUCUACCAUUCCACAUGGCGACACUGCGCAAGACUUGAUACGCCCAUCGACAAGCGAGCGUAACGUCAGUCCAGCCCAACAACAACCUACAUGCAACCAAACGAAUCCUAUUGCAGGCAGCCAUUGGCAGAGGUGGUACUGGAUCACACAGCAGAGGAUUGUCUCGUUGAGGAAUAUCUCCGCUGACAAAGACCCUGAUAUGGUAAUGCCGCUUCGCGUCAUCGUACCUGUCACGGUGACCUGUGUGUUAUACAUUAUUGCUAGGGGAUUCUUAUACAUUGAGGACUUCAUAUCUUUGCGCCUUCAGCCGGCUAAUACCUAUGAAUCGGUGAACAAAUUCCUACCAUUUAUCGGGGAUGGGUAGUAACCUAGACUAAAUCGAAGUUAACCUUAUAAGUAGGAUAAGUAGGAGAUAUUAAAACGUUCUAAAGCCCUUAAGAUUCAUUACUCAUUUGAAGUUUAUCUCAGUUCAAGUCUGAAAACGUUCAGAACCGACACCCAA